CUUUCUCGGGGGCGUGGUCUCCUGGCCAGCGGCCGGGCUGGGAUCCAGCGGCCAGUGCCUUCGGCCCCACAGAGGCACCUACAGAAACUGAAGGCUUGACGGAUCCCGGGGAGCAGGGCCUAUGGACACCUUCAGCACAAAGAACCUGGCCCUGCAGGCCCAGAAGAAAGUCCUCAGCAAGAUGGCUUCCAAGGCCAUGGUGGCUGUGUUUGUGGACGACACCAGCAGUGAGGUCUUGGAUGAACUGUACCAGGCCACUAAGGAGUUCACCCACAGCCGGAAGGAGGCACAGAGGGUAGUGAAGAACCUGGUGAAGGUGGCCGUGAAGCUGGCCGUGUUGCUGCGGGCGGACCAGCUGGACAACAACGAGCUGGUCCAGCUGCGGCGGUUCCGGGUCCGGGUCCGUAGCCUGGCCAUGACAGCCCUCAGCUUCCACCAGGUGGACUUCACCUUUGACUGGCGCGUGCUGGCUGCCGGGCUGCUGGAGUGCAGGGACCUGUUGCACCACGCGAUUGGCCCGCACCUCACAGCCAAAUCCCACGGCCGCAUCAAUCACAUCUUCAGCCACUUUGCCAACGGUGACUUCCUGGCCGCACUGUACAGCCCAGCAGAGCCCUACCGGACCCAUCUGUGCCGCAUCUGCGAUGGCCUCGAGAGGAUGUUGGACGAGGGUGGCCUCUGACCUGGAGUCCUCCACUGGUGACUGGUCCCCAAGAACACAGAACUGCCUGUGUGCGAGGCAGUAUGUGCGAGGCGGUGUCUCCUCCGUUUCUCCUGCUGUAACUUAUCUGCUUUUGUCUAGUUUCUGCCUCAUCUCCCUACCUCCUUUUCUUACUUCUGAGACAAGCCUCAUGUAGCCCAGGCUGACUCCAAACUCCCUAUGUAGCCAAGGCUGACCUUGACCUCCUGAGCCUCCUGCUCCCGCUUCUGAGAAUGCUGGACAAUAGAUGUGUGACAACACCCCACUGUCUGGGCAUUCUCAGUCCUUCAGAUAAGGUUGUGGAGAAUUGGGAGAAAAGAAUUGUAUUCCCCCGACCCUUACUCCUGCCAAAUGACUGUGUUUCUUUCCUAAGUCUUAGGUCCUCCCAAGGUGACUUGCUUUAGAAAAUGAAGUUGAGACUCUUGUACCAUACUAGCACUGAACAGGUACCAGCCUGCUUCAACAGGUCAUUAUAUAUAAGUUGGCCCAGGAAGGCUCACUCUGCCAAUGCUGCAGGACACUGGGUACUGAGGAGUGACACUACUACAAACCAAAGACACCAGCAGACAGAUGCUGGGCGGGGGGACCAUGGCUUCUCCCAAUGGUUUUGAAAGGAGCGACUCCAAGCACACUUCUGUGUUGGGAUCUGAGAUCCUGUUAGGGACUGGACCCUGGCAUUGAAGAAAAGAAAGAAAGAGCCGAUGCAAUGGCUCAGCAUGUAGGAGUGCUUGCCACCAAGCCUGAUGACUGGAGUUUCCCAAAAUCUGUGCACUGGAAGGAGACAACCAGUUAUAGAAAGCUGGCCUCUGACCUCCAUGUCACAUCCCCACACAGAACCACACAGGGGCUUCUGGCACUUGGAAAUGUGGAGGGGUCCUGACCAUUUAGCAAGGAGGCGCUAAUCCGGGUGGAAAUUUGGAGUCUUCACUGGCAGAUAAUACAGGAUUACUGUGAAACAUGGGGACCCCAGAGGCUUCCCCAGCUUCAGACCAGGGCAAAGCCACUGGAGACACAAGUAUGUGUUACAGUAUAAUUUCAUACUUGGGAAACAAAUCCAUCUUUUCUCUUUGUAUGGUAGCCGGAGUUUGUAACUGACACUGACUGCAUGUGGAAGCAUGCAGCCUCCACUGUGCCUGUUGGUACUGGGACAGAACUUUUAUCCUUGGAAAGCAGACUUUAGCUACAUAUGUGCCCAGCAGAGGUGUGGGUUAGUUGUCUAGAAUCUCCCAGCAAGGGCUUGGGGGCGUGGUUAGGGGUAGACACCCCCCGCCAGAAUCCUCCAGGGAGGGACUGGGGGCGUAGAAUACCCAGUGAGGGGCCAGGAGACCUGUGAAGAUCCUGCAUCUGUAGCACAUCUGUGGAGGGGCUGGCACAGCGGUUGUGCAAUGCUGCUGAUGGGAAGGUUAUCUGAGGCAUUGGGAGAGGACACAACACGGAGAGCUGAGUGUAUUUAGGGCAAUGUUCACAACCUGGAGCCUGUGGGGCCAGGCGGGAGUCACCU